AUGAAAUAUUUACUUUUAUUGGCAUUUCUAAGUGUUAUUUCUAUAGCAUGUUCGUGGUCUCCUACAGGAGGAUACGCCCCUGGGCAGGUUGAUUGUCCAGACAAAAGUUUAGUAAGAGCUGCUUCGGAUAUAUCCGACGAAGAAAAAGAAUGGAUUGAAGGCCGUAACAAGAUUACCAAUGAGAAUUUGAUUAAGUUCUUGGAAAACUGUGACAUGAAGGAUUUUGAUGCAGAAAAGUUCGUCAAAAAUACCAGUAAACCAAUUACGAUUGGUCUUUCAUUUUCUGGUGGAGGAUACAGAGCUAUGUUGAACGGCGCAGGGCAAUUAUCGGCGUUAGACAACAGAACAGAUGGUGCCAGUGACGCAGCCUUGGGAGGAUUGUUACAGGCAUCUACAUACUUGACUGGGUUAUCUGGUGGAAGUUGGUUAGUUGGUACUAUUGCCUUGAACAACUUCACUUCAGUUCAAAAGAUUUUGAAAGAUGGAGAUAUCUGGGAUUUGGAGCAUUCUAUCGUUAACUAUGGUGGUUGGAACGUUUUGAGUACUUAUAACUAUUAUAAAAGUAUCUCAGAUGAUUUAAAUGCAAAAGAAGACGCUGGAUUCGAAGUUUCCUUGACAGAUACUUGGGCAAGAGCCUUGUCACACCAAUUCUUUGCUGAGUUAGAUGAUUUUGGCGCUAGCUUGACAUGGUCGGGCAUUCGUGAUAUGGAUCCUUUCAAGAAAUACGAGAUGCCAUUCCCUAUUGUUGUCGCAGAUGGUAGAACCCCGGGGACCCAAAUCAUUAGUUCCAACUCAUCUGUGUUUGAAUUCAAUGCCUUUGAAAUGGGAUCUUGGGAUCCAUCCUUGUAUCAAUUCAGUGACGUCAAAUAUAUCGGUACUGAUGUUGAUGAUGGUGAGUCUACUAAUGGUACUUGUAUUGGAGGAUUUGAUAAUGCCGGGUACGUUUUAGGUACAUCUUCUUCAUUAUUCAAUCAAUUUGUAUUACAAAUUAAUACCACAUCUCUUUCCGAGACUGUCCAGAAUAUAAUCUCACAUUUCUUAGAUAAGGUUUCCGAUGCUGAAGAUGACGUUGCCAUUUACAAGCCAAAUCCGUUCUACAAAACAGAUGAAGCUGCAGUCAAAUCAAUUGUUAAGAAUGAUACCCUUUACUUAGUUGAUGGUGGUGAAGAUUUGCAGAAUGUUCCGUUGCACCCAUUAAUACAACCUCAGCGUAAUGUUGAUGUUAUUUUUGCUUAUGAUAACUCUGCGGAUACAAACGAGUCUUGGCCAAAUGGUGCGUCAUUAGUUGCCACAUAUGAGAGGCAAUUUUUAGAACAAGGUAAUGGUACUAUUUUCCCACAUGUUCCAGAUGUCAAUACAUUCCUUAAUUUGAACCUAACAGCCAGGCCAACAUUUUUUGGAUGCGAUGCAAAAAACUUGACUUCGCUACUCUCGGAUACUUCUGACAAAGAUUCUGUUUUCGAUUCUCCUUUAGUUGUUUAUACUGCCAAUAGACCAUUCAGUUACUGGUCUAAUACAUCUACAUAUAAAUUAGAUUACGAAGACAACGAAAAGAAAGGAAUUAUACAGAACGGUUAUGAAGCUGCUUCACGAUUGAAUAGAACUUUGGAUGAUGAAUGGGCUGCGUGUGUUGGAUGUGCAAUCAUCAGAAGAGAACAAGAAAGAAAUGGUAUCGAACAAUCUGACCAAUGUAAGAGUUGCUUCAAUAAAUAUUGCUGGAAUGGUGAUCUCGAUUCAACUGAUCAACCAGGGGUCAAUUUCACUACUACUGGUUUAACAGAUGGUGAAAACCGAAUUUCUAGUGGUGUAUCCUUAAUAUUCGGAAACAGUCACCAAAUUAUGAUGUCCAUCGGUUAUGCUCUAUUAGCCUCCGUUGUAUUUUCUAUUGCUGUCUAA